AGCCCCUUCACGUCACAUGCUCAAUCCAACAUGGCGGCCACCGUACCGUGUGGAGCUCAAACAAAUACUUCAGAAAACACCAUGUCUUUGAAGAAAACUUUGUCUACGGCUGCCCCUCUUACUCUGAAAAUUAUUGCUGAAUGUCCGGUGACUAAAGCCAGAGCUUGUGAUUUAAUCUUGCCACAUAGCACCGUGAGCACCCCGGUUUUCAUGCCCGUAGGCACUCAGGGGACUCUGAAGGGGAUCACUGUGGACCAGCUGGAGGGUCUGGGAUGCCACGUUUGUCUUGGAAACACUUACCACCUGGGCAUGAGACCGGGGCCUGAUUUGAUAGAGAAAGCCAACGGUUUGCAUGGGUUCAUGAACUGGAAAAGAAAUCUUUUAACUGACAGUGGAGGUUUUCAGAUGGUGUCUUUAGUCGAACUCUCAGAGGUCACAGAAGAAGGAGUCAAGUUCAAGUCCCCCUAUGACGGCAAAGAGAUCCUCCUGACUCCUGAAAAGUCCAUCAGCAUACAGAAUAGUCUCGGUUCUGAUAUCAUGAUGCAGCUGGAUGAUGUGGUCAGCAGUACAGUGACGGGACCACGGGUGGAGGAGGCCAUGCACAGAUCUAUUCGCUGGCUAGACCGCUGUAUAGCUGCAAAUAAACAUCCGGAAAAACAGAACCUGUUUGCCAUCAUCCAGGGGGGGCUGAAUGCAAAGCUGCGCAAGACUUGUCUAGAUGAAAUGACUAAACGGGAUGUUCCUGGUUUCGCCGUCGGAGGUCUGAGUGGAGGAGAGGAGAAGGACGACUUCUGGAGGAUGGUCACGCUGAGCACCGACCACCUGCCGCGGGAGAAACCUCGUUAUCUUAUGGGUGUGGGGUAUGCUGUGGAUUUGGUGGUGUGUGUCGCUCUGGGAUGUGACAUGUUCGACUGUGUGUUUCCCACUCGUACUGCCAGGUUUGGUUCUGCCUUAGUGCCGUGGGGAUCCCUCCAGGUCAAACAGAAGCAGUACGCCAAAGACUUCCAGCCCAUAGACCCCGACUGUCAGUGCCCCACAUGCAAAAGACAUAGUCGGGCGUAUUUGCACGCUCUGUUUAAGAGCGACACUGCAGCCAUGCAUCACGUCACCAUUCACAACAUCGCCUACCAGCUCACCCUGAUGCGAUCUGUGCGCCAGAGCAUCGUGGACGGACGCUUUCCCGACUUUAUACGGACGUUCAUGAAGCGGAUGUUUCCUUCUCCUGACCAGUACCCCAGCUGGGCCGUCGACGCCCUCACAUCCGUCAAUGUCACACUGGAUUAGAAGUCGGAAAAAGGAGACGUUUCUGCUCUAAAUUGGGAUCGACGUCAAACAGUGACUGAAGGCCCUUUUUUUUUUUUUACAUUUUUUAAAUAACUUUUUAAUGGA